AUGUUCCCGACGCAGGCGCAGCAUGAGUCGUGGCAGGACGAGUCACCGCCGCCUGCCUUCCUUCGCCCUGUGGAUCUAUGCUCUGUCGAUGGGUGCCGUGACUGGGCUGACGUUCGCUCCGACGUAAACGGCAUGGGGUGCCCUGUGUGCAGGUAUCACUGCUACACAAACCCGCAAGGUAUUCCCUCCGUCUCCACUGCGAGCUGCACGUCACCUGUCUGGUCUUCGCAGGUGCUGCACGAACGGCACGAUGACUUGCGCCCGCCCGAGCCCUCUGCUCCAGUUCUCUGCACCAAGUGCACGUACUCAGCCACGGACCGCCUCGGGAUCGAGGACCACAUGCGCGAAAAGCACGGCGACAUGGCCUUCAGAUGCCCGUACGUGCUCACCACUACUGGCGAGUCCGCACGGUGCGAAUUCACCACGGACGACUACAUGGGACUCCGGCAUCACCUGUUGCUUAGCCAUGGCCAAUUAGUGCGUGACUACGGCGGCAAGAGCAGUCUGCAGGAUGCCGCACGGUGGAGACGGCGGGUCGCAGAGCGAACGCCCAUCCCGCCGGAGCUAUCGCUCACGCAGCCCAAGCGCUCACGCGCGCACGAAAAGCUCGAACACCGCUCUGUGCGCCGGCAGCAUCCGUAUGCAUCCCCAUCGCAGGCAAGGUUACCCGGGCCUGGGCCGCCGCGCAAACAUCUCAAGGUUGAGCCACCCUGGAUACCGGACGCACUGUGGUCGGCUCCAACAACGCUGUGGCGAGAGCCUGUUCGAGCUGCGGCUAAACAGCCUCCACCGAAAAGUGAGCAUCGCGGUGAUCUCGCGCUGUUCUCUACUUCGUUGGAACGCGGUCGGAGUGUAGAUACGUCCCCAUCUCAGUGA